CUUUUUUUUUGUUCGAGCUGCCCUUAGUUUAUCAAAGUUUGCCAAGUUGCACUGGCUGCACUUGUUUCGUUGUGUUUAUUGCCUUGAAUAAUUCUGAUUCCUUCCCCUUUCACUUACAAUCAACUCGAUCGAGCUGUGCUCGUUCAACUAAUCAGCUAUUCUUUUUGACCUUAUACAACAAUUUGGUCAAACUUUGAUAAACUAGACAAUUUUAUACCAACCAAGCUUCAUUGUCGCCGGUCGACAAUUGUGUUGUGCAGCUUGAAUCUUGCUCGAAACCGACUUAUCGUUUCUUUUAUAUUAUACACUAAUUAUUUAAUUAUUCUUUGUUCGAUCUUUCAUCACUGCAUAUCAAAAUGGCCGCUGUUCAAUUGAACUUCUCUAUUCGCACUUCUCGAAGCGUUAAGUCAGUGCACCUCGUCGGAUCCUGGGACAACUACUCUCGUGAACUACCCUUGUCCAAGGAUACUUCCAAGUCAGGAGCAUGGACCGGCAAAUUCCGCUUCCAGACCUCGGUCUUGCAACUCGGUGGUCGUUACUGGUACUACUACAUCAUGGACGGAUACCACGUCUCUCACGACCCUGCCGUAGAGUACACCACUGAGCCCACCACUGGCCGCAAACUCAACAUCCUCGACGUUCCAGGUGGUAACAGCAAGUCAAGCUCCGGAGGUCGCUCAAGCCAUGCUCGUCGCGAGUCCGUCGAUAUCCCCAAGGGUCGUGCUUUGUCCCCUUCCAAGAUUCAGCACCCAAAGCCUUCCAAGCCCUACGCCUCCCGCGGCAUUCGUGAAGGUGACUACUUCCCCACCGUCGACGAAUUGACAGAUCGCUUCUCGCACUCACGUCUGUCCGACGACUACGACUCAUACUCCAGCAGCCCUCCAAGCUCAGUCGGAUCAUCCCUCUCCUCACGCACAGACAGCACUUCGCCAUCUUCGCUGUCCUCGCUCAGUGAUCCCGCUACUUCCGUGUGCCGCUGUGAACGUUACGGAAUUACUCGCAAGGGUGAUCGCGUCAAGCUCGACUGUGGCGGUAGCCGAUGUGGUUACUCCGACUCUUCGGAUGGUAGCGACUGCUCCUCUGAGUCUGAGUCCGACUCUGAGUACCGCGCUGCUCGUCGUGGUGCCCGUCGUCAAGGCAUUGUUGUUCGCCGAUGAAGACAGAAAUGAUUUCUUUGCAGAUUUUGAAUCCUUUCCUCUCUAGUCUUCAUGGUAAACAGUUUGCAUUUGCAUUCGCCUAUUGAGCCGUUUCAGAUUACUGGGAAACCUCAUAUCACUCCUUUUUUUUGUGAAAAAGAAAGACACAGUUUUGGGCAAGUCGCAUUCUAGGAGAAGACGCUUUUAUAUUCAGUAUGAAUACUCAUGCGGAACGAUGAUUAUGCAGUCAACGAUCUACUCAAUUCGAAUUCUCGAACAUAUUUUUACGACAAUAAUUAAACCGAAAAGAAACAGAAAAACGACAAAAAAAAUCGGAAAACAACAAAAAUAGCAUUUCAAUACAUAUUCCAUAUUAAUUAAUCUCAACGACAACCUUCCAUGAACCGGCUGUGUGACAGAUCCUACAACGACAAUGACAACAAGUAUCAGGACUACUCAUUCUAGUUAGCCACCCAUAACCCAGCGUCCACGAUUUGAGCUGGUCUCUCUUCGUGUUCAUGAUGGGUUGUGAACGAUUGAUUAGCGCAGUUUGGCCACUUAUGGAUUUAAAUCUUCCAGGAAGAAUCUUAAUUGGAAAAGCCUGCCUAUGUUUUCAUAUGGUUACUUGAUCGCUUUUGGUCAGAGCAAUAUAUAUGGAAGCAUCCCAGCAGAUAUGUUUGAUGGUGAUAGAUUGGAUUUUCUAUCUGUCAUAUGACAUCUUGUUGUAGGGAUAGUUAGGUAGCUUAAAAUCGAUGAUCGAUCACUUGACAAUCUAUAAUUUAUAUAUCGUGUGAGG